AUGGAGUUACCAAGUCGUGAAAAAAUUAAUUCCAAAAGGAAAAGAGACGAAAACGAUGAUUUUAAUAGUAGUGAUGAUGAUGUGUCAUGUGAUGAGUUAGAGUCUACCGAACGGAAAUCUGCUUACAUCCUGUUCAAAAACGCACAAAGAGUUCAACAUUAUAUUUCCUUUGAAAACGAACUUAAUAUGAAUGGAAUCUCUUUUCCAACCCCACUUUCACAAAUCAAAAAGUUUGAGGAACAAAAUAAGAUCUCCGUCAACGUAUUCGGUUUUGAGAAGGAAUUUUUCCCUUUAUACAUUUCUCAACUGGACCAAGCCACUGAGAACGUAGAUCUGCUUUACUUGCAAGAAGACGGAAAUAGCCACUUCUGUUUAAUCAAAGAUUUAAACCGCGUUUUGGGAUCAAUGAAGCGAUGUAAGAAUAAGACUUAUUUCUGUCGACGAUGUUUACACGGUUUCAUUCGAGAAGAUUUAUUAAAGGAUCACAUGUCCUAUUGCCAACAAUUUGACUGUCAGAAAGUAGAAUACCCUACUGAAGGUAAAAAUAACAUUUUGAAGUUUCAAAACUUUCACCAAAAAAUGAGAGUACCUUUCGUCAUUUAUUGUGAUUUUGAAACCCUGGUGCAGAAAAUGCAAACAUGUUCUCCCAACUCUGAAAAAUCUAGCACAACCCAUGAGGCCCACUUCGAUCCUUGUGGGUAUGCAUAUCAAGUCAUAUGUACCAAUUCUAAAUACACGAAACCACCAGUCGUGCACAGAGGGCAAACAGGAGAAAAUGUAGUUGAGCAUUUUCUAGACAGUUUACUAAGAGAGGAGGAAUAUAUCAAGGAUAUCCUUUCGGAUGAUGAACCCCUCCUCAUGACUAAGGAAACAGAAAAGCAGUUCCAUUUAGCAACCCAGUGUCAUAUCUGCGAAAAACCGUUCAAUGACAAAACCAAAAAGGUCCGCGAUCAUUACCAUAUUGGGGUGGAGGGGGAUCGAGAUUCUCCUGAAUAUAGCAAUUUUCGAGGUGCAGCUUGCAACUCUUGUAAUAUCAAUUUUCAAGAACCCAAAUUUAUCCCCGUUAUCUUUCACAACUUGCGAGGAUUUGAUGGGCACCUCCUCUGUCAGCGUAUGGGAAAACUAAAGGAUAAAAACAUUAAAGUCAUUGCACAAAACAUGGAGCGUUAUGUGAGCUUUUCCGUGGGUGAUUUACGCUUCAUUGAUUCAUUUCAAUUUAUGACCAGCUCUUUGGAAACGUUAGUCAAGAAUUUAGCCUGUGAAGGACUUUCACAUUUCAAACAAUUUACCAACGUUUUCACAGAUGAAGAAACUGCUAGAUUUAUAUUGCGAAAAAACGUAUACUGCUACGAUUACAUUGAUAAUUAUGAUCGAUUUGAGGAAAUCGGUUUACCCUCUAAAGAGGCGUUUUACAAUCGUCUUAAAAAAGAGGGAAUUUCAGAGGAAGACUUUGCUUAUGUUCAAGAAGUAUGGCAUAAAUUUGAAAUGAAGAACCUCGGAGAUUUACACGACCAUUAUGUGCUCACUGACGUUCUCUUAUUAGCUGAUGUCUUUGAGCGAUUCCGUGACAUGACCCUGGAUUACUACAAGCUUGAUGCCUGCCAUUAUUUUACAUCCCCCGGACUGGCUUGGGAUGCUGCUUUGAAAAUGACAGGGAUUUCGCUAGAUCUCAUUACGGAUCCUCUCAUGUAUAAUUUUUUUGAACUGGGGCUACGCGGUGGAGUGUCUAUGAUCAGUAAAAAAUUUAGCGAGGCAAAUCAUCCAGAUUUUGAAAAUUAUGACCCUUCCAAACCUAUAAAAAAUCUCAUUUACUUGGACGCCAAUAAUUUGUACGGGGGUGUCAUGCGUUUCCCCCUCCCCAUCGGCUUCAUGCGCUGGUUAGAUGAGAGUGAAAAGGACCAUUUUGAUGCUACAAAAGUUUCCAUAGGCAGUAGGGUAGGCUACACUUUAGAGGUUGAUCUGGAGUACCCUGCAGAUUUGCACGAUGAACACAAUUGUUACCCUCUAGCCCCCGAACACAAACUAGUGCAGGACGAAGAACUUUCGCCUUACAGUCAACAACUUUGGGAGGAGCUACACGCGACAGACGGACUCUCAGUGCGAAAACGUGGAAAGACAUCUAAACUAAUUCCCACUUUAGAAAAUAAGAAGCAUUACGUCCUUCAUUAUCGAAACUUGCAACUUUAUUUAUCAUUAGGGAUGAAAGUUACUAAAGUACAUCGAAUUUUAGAGUAUCGUCAAGAACCCUGGCUGAAAACUUACAUCGAUUUCAAUUCCAGCAAAAGAAGAAAUGCCAAAAAUGACUUUGAAAAAGAUUUCUUUAAAUUAAUGAACAAUGCCGUAUUCGGUAAAACUAUGGAGAACUUGAGAAAUCGUGUCGAUAUUAGAUUAGUUCAUACAGAAAGAAAACUGAAGAAAUUAUGUGCCAAACCAUCUUUCGACCGUUUUAAAAUAUUCAAUGAAGAUUUGGUGGGAAUUGAAAACAAAAAUGUUAAGUUUCUCAUGAACAAACCCGUUUACAUCGGACAGACCAUACUGGAUUUGUCGAAGCUAAUCAUGUAUGAUUUCCAUUACAACUUUAUGAAAAGGAUGUAUGGGGAUCAAAUUCGGUUACUAUUCACAGACACCGACAGCCUGAUGUAUGAAAUAGAAACUCCAGAUUUAGAUGGAGACAUAGCCAGACACAGAGACCUCUUCGACUUAUCUAACUAUCCAUCCAAUCAUUCUCUUCAUGACAACUCAAACAAAAAAGUGGUGUUGAAGUUUAAAAAUGAAACAGCAGGUGUUCCAGUUCAACAAUUUGUGGGCCUAAGACCAAAGAUGUACUCUUUACUUUUAAACGAUGGAGACGAAAAAAAGACGGCGAAGGGAGUCUCGAAAUCCGUCAUCAAAAAUGAGUUAAAGCAUUCCAUAUAUAAAGACUGCUUACUCAACCGAUCCAAAUAUAAACACAGCAUGACUUUCAUCCGCAGUGAUAACCACGAACAAAACCUCAUUAUCGUGUUUUGA